UUUCUCUCUCUGUCUCUCGUUCAAGCUCUGUAGCUCAGAUCAACGUCUCUCUUAAACUGUAAGUAAAUUCAAACUCAAAAUUCCAUUUCAGAUUUCUUCUUUUCCUUUCUUAGAUAUUAUUAUUUAUACAUAUUCAUAUAUAAGUUUUUCAUAAAAAAUUUCUCUGUUCUCUAAUUUUUCCAAGAUUAACAGAGCUUUGUAUAUAUAUAUAUAUAUAUUAUUUUAUUUUUUUUCAACUUAAAUUGGCCAAAUUUUGUUUUGGCAAGUUUAAGAGUUUAAUUUUUUGAACUUUUGAGAAUGAGUGGUAGCUGUUGUAUUGGAAUUUCCAACAUGAAACCUUGUUGUAGAAUAUUGAUUGGUUCAAAAAGUUGUUCAUUUUUUGGGGUUUCCUCUCGGAAAUUGAACAACCAUUCGGUGGUCGAUAAUUUGUCGAAAUUACAAUUCAAGUCGACCCGUAAGCGUCGAUACCGUAGCUGUAGUUCUCGAAUUGUAGGGCACAUACGGGUAAUUGAUCAGGAUCGGAGAGCUUUUAGUGUUUCCGAUCCCAAUUGGGGUCAAUCUAAGGUUUUUAGUGGUGUUUAUAUCAAUAACGGUGGUCGUGGUGGUAGUAGUAGAAGGGGGGUUUUAGUGGUACCAAAAGUAGCUUCGGACUUUAGGAACCAUUCAACUUCGGUAGAAGCUAAUAAUAUCAAUGACAAGAACUUCGAGAGGAUUUACGUUCAAGGUGGGUUCAAUGUGAAGCCGUUGGUGAUAGAAAGAAUUGAAACGGGUCCUAAUGAUGUGGUCAAAGAAGAUGAUCCUAUUGUAGGGGUUACCGGUUCAAAUGUAAAUAUAGAUGAUUUAAAAGGUUUGAAUGAGCCUAAGGUUUUUGAGAGAGAGGUGUCUGAGAUUGAAAAGGAGGCGUGGAGGUUGCUUCAGGAUUCCGUUGUUACUUAUUGUGGGAAUCCAGUUGGAACACUCGCCGCCAAAGAUCCCGCCGACAAGCAACCGCUCAACUAUGAUCAGGUUUUCAUUCGCGAUUUCGUUCCAUCCGCUCUUGCUUUCUUGCUCAAGGGUGAAACUGAGAUUGUGAAGAAUUUUCUGCUUCACACUUUGCAAUUACAGAGUUGGGAGAAGACUGUAGACUGCCACAGCCCUGGGCAAGGGUUGAUGCCGGCUAGCUUUAAAGUUAGAACUGUGCCUCUUGAUGGAAGCGAUGGGUCAUUUGAAGAAGUUCUAGAUCCUGAUUUUGGUGAAUCAGCCAUUGGCCGAGUUGCACCUGUUGAUUCUGGAUUGUGGUGGAUUAUUUUGCUGAGAGCUUAUGGAAAGAUCACAGGGGACUAUGGUUUGCAAGAAAGGGUGGAUGUUCAAACAGGCAUAAGACUGAUCCUUAAUCUGUGUUUAUCUGAUGGAUUUGACAUGUUUCCAACUCUGCUAGUUACUGAUGGUUCCUGCAUGAUUGAUAGACGGAUGGGGAUUCAUGGUCACCCUCUUGAAAUCCAAGCAUUGUUUUACUCGGCUUUACGCUGUUCCCGUGAGAUGCUUAUUGUCAAUGAUAACACCAAAAAUUUGGUUGCUGCAAUUAACAACCGACUUAGUGCACUUUCAUUUCACAUCAGAGAGUACUAUUGGGUGGAUAUGAAGAAGAUCAAUGAGAUUUACCGUUACAAAACAGAGGAAUACUCUACAGAUGCCAUCAACAAGUUCAAUAUCUACCCAGACCAAAUUCCUUCAUGGCUAGUCGAUUGGAUUCCAGAGGAAGGUGGAUACCUUAUCGGCAAUCUGCAACCUGCUCAUAUGGAUUUUAGGUUUUUCACCCUUGGUAACCUUUGGGCCAUUGUUUCAUCGUUGGGCACCUCAAAUCAAAACGAGGGCAUUUUGAAUCUGAUCGAGUCCAAAUGGGAUGACCUCAUGGGACAGAUGCCUCUUAAGAUUUGUUACCCUGCUUUGGAGUAUGAAGAGUGGCGUAUAAUCACUGGUGGUGACCCAAAGAACACUCCAUGGUCAUAUCACAACGGUGGGUCGUGGCCCACACUCUUAUGGCAGUUCACAUUGGCAUGCAUCAAGAUGGGGAAGCCAGAAUUAGCGCAAAAGGCAGUUGCUUUGGCAGAGAAGAGACUUGCUGCGGAUCAAUGGCCCGAAUAUUAUGACACAAGAAAUGGGAGGUUUAUUGGGAAGCAAUCCCGGCUUUUCCAAACUUGGACGAUAGCAGGUUUUCUAGCCUCAAAGAUGCUUUUGGAGAACCCACAAAGGGCAUCAUUGUUGUUCUGGGAGGAAGAUUAUGAGCUGCUUCAGACUUGUGUUUGUGCGCUAGGCAAAACUGGUGGUCGAAGGAAGUGUUCGCGCUUCAACUCAAGAUCUCAGAUUCUAGUCUAAUGAGGUGGUUAUCUUUCAAAGGCUUCAAUUCUUUCAGCAGUGUUUGCUAUCAUUGUAGCCACUGUGACAAAAACACUGAAGCCGUGGAAGAGCACACUCAGCUCCAAAACACAGGUUUUUUAUGGUGUGAUAUCUUACUGCCAAUGAGUAGUGUAAAAUAGGUACACUCAGUAUUUUUAACUGAGGUACAGACUGAUUCUAAUCAAAGGGCAUGUUUUAGGAAAGCCCUUUAACCCAUUUUUAUGGUGCUGAAUAAUUGUUUGGAUAAUUAUCAAAACUGUAUAAUAUUUUACACGUGGAUAUGCUUCUUAUAAUAUAUAUAUAUAUAUAUAUAUAUUCUUUAUGUA